AUGGUGGGUACUCGUAGUAAUGGUAACCCAUCCAGUAGCAAUGGUCAGAUGCCUGAAGCAGAUCCGCAGCAGCUUUUUGCGAUGAUUCAGGGGCUGGUAACGAACCAGCAGUUCUUGGCUGGGCAUUUGCAGCAGGAGCCUCAGCACCAGCAUCCACCUCGCUCGGAGCCUGGUGUUAGAGAGUUUCGAUAUAUACGGUCUCCUUCUUUUACUGCUGCCGAUGGACCUUUAGCAGCAGAGGAGUUCCUCAAGGUCACGGAGACUAUCCUUACGGUGACUUGUAUUCCCCCUGCAGAGUGGGUAGAUCUCAUGGAUGUUCAGCUCACGGAUACAGCUAGAAUCUGGUGGGCUGCUAAGAAGACACACCUAGAGAGGCCGAUUAUGUGGGAAACGUUCACGGAUCGCUUCAAUAGGAAGUAUUUUCCUCAGUCGGCCCGAGAUGAGCUCCUGCGUAGAUUUGUCGAGCUCAAGCAAGGGGGUCGCUCAGUCGACGAGUACGAGGCUGAGUUUUCUUCUUUGAGCCGAUAUGCUCCCCACUUGGUCACAGACCCCACUAUCAGAAGGCACCAGUUCCAGAAAGACCCUACGAUUAGGAGGCAUCAGUUUCAAAAGGGUCUGGACAAGUACAUUAGGAUGGCUCUAGCAGGUAGAGCUUUGGCGACCCAUGAUGCGGUGCUGGAUGCAGCACGGGAGAUUGAGAGCGUGCAUAAGGAGCCUGAAGACUCACAUGUGAUUCAGAGCAGGACACCAGCAGCUCCGGUCCGGAACGUGCAUAAGGAGCCUGAAGACUCACACGUGAUUCAGAGCAGGACACCAACAGCUCCGGUCCGAAAUGCCGAGCGCCCCCCUCCGAGGCAGCAGCAGCAGGGCCCGCAGAGACAGCAGCACUCUCAGCGUCAGCCGUUCCCUCAGAGUCACCCUUAUCAGCGCCCUGGAGUGCAGACUCACGGCCAGCCAUCGGUGAAGUGUACUCAUUGCGGCUACACUGGGCACACCCAGCAGGAGUGUCGCAGGCGUCUUCGUCAGUGCUACGCCUGUGGAUCCCCCGAUCAUAUUGUGGCAUCUGUUCCUGUUCCGCCUCAUCUCCUACUGUCUUCCACUGCGAUAUCGUUUGCCGACGAAGCCCCGACUAUUUUUCUCUCUCCUCCAGCUGCAACCGUGUUAGGUGGAGCGCUAAAUCUGAGAUUCACGGGCAAGGCGGAUCCAGAGCCAGGGAGGUGCAGGAGGACGGACGGGAAGAAGUGGAGGUGCGCGAGGGACGCCGCGCCGGAUCAAAAGUACUGUGAGCGACACUUGCACCGGGGUCGCCCUCGUUCAAGAAAGCCUGUGGAACACAGAAAACCCAGAUGCAAACCUAGUAUUAAUACUACUGUUGACGUUGCUCCAGCUGAGAUUGCAGCUGCUGCCGUUGUGAAGUCGCCACCUGCUGCCGCUGCGUCGUUUGAGUUGAAUCGACCGUUUCAGACAGUGGAGCCAAGAAGCCAAGACUGGACUAAAAGCUACUCAGAAAAUUACUCUUCAGACAUGCAAUCAGAUAUGCAGCACUAUGAAGAAUUGCCCAAUUUGAACUACACCGACUCCAAUGACCACUGGAGAUCAUUCCUGAAUCCAAACCCCUCUUCCUUGGAUGAAACCAACAACGCUGAUUACAGUGAGCCACCUAGGAGAUUCAUCGAUGCUUGGUCAAGCGAGAACAUCUCCGCAGGCACCACCAGCCAUGCUGAUGACUCCUCGGUUUCCGCCAGUGAUAAACUUCCUCUUUCAACCUUAACCUUGUCAAUGUCGAAUCCCAUUGAAGAUGAAACCAAAGGUGCUAUCAAGUCUCUAUCCCUGCACUGGUUGACCCCUAAUUCUACCCCCGGCGGUCCAUUGGCAGAAGUUCUUCAUUCCAGUAGUAAUCAUAAGAACAACGCUGAGUUUAUUGAUUUGAUGUGGGGGAGUUGUUGCAGGAGUCGAGAGGUUAGUCCCAGAGAUAGCCCGCUGGUCUCUUCGCCAUCUGAGGUUUUGCAGAAGGCUCUUGUUUCGCUCUCAGAUAGCAGUAGCAGCAGCAGUCCUACUUUUGCUGCAGCAUCCAGGUCGGAUUUUGCCUUCCAGUGGAUGAAUCUGAACAAGUAAAACUUGCACUAUGCCAGGCUUCAUUUCUUAAGUUUCUAACUCUUCCGAGUGUCCAUUUCCUUUUAUAUGUUUGUAAUUGAAGUUAACCUCUAUGUUACUAAUGAAAAAUGGAAAGUGAAUCUUGAAAUUUCUCAAA